AUGGAGAAGCACAUCGUUCGCAGCUACAACGGGCUUGACGUUCAGGAGCAACUCGAAGGUAUCGAUCGCCCGUUGCAGUCACCUGGUUAUACCACGUUGGGCUUGUUGAUGCUGUCAUCUCGCAUGGCCUCCGCUUCAGCGCAGAAGGGUGGCAUUCGAGAACAUCGUGUUGUCAGCCAGCUCCAGCAUGUCGUCAACUCCUUCCUCGACGUUGCUCCGAUGACCGAUUGGGCGCUGACGAUCGCGUUCGAUGAUGACUGGAAGCUGAUGUGGCCUCGUCCCAACAAGGUGGCACCUUAUUCGGUCGAGCUCAAGGUGGUGAAAGGGCGAGUCAAUCUUGGGCCGUGGGUCGUUCUGAUGAGAGAGCAUUCCCAGCGGAGGGGCAUCAAUAAUACCCCGCUGUACAGGUGGUGGGGCGCUGUCAAGGCGUAUGUUGGUCAGGGUAACGCCGUGAACCUCGUGACUCUUCUCAGGGCGCCCAGUCCGAUGAACACCACCUCCGACGUCUCCCAUUUUUGGGCCCAGGUUGUCUGGCACACGAGCCACUAUAUUGAGAAGCAGCUCCUCGCAGAAGCUGCAGAUCCGUCCUCGGAGCAACCCGUGGUCUUUCACGUCGAGGCGUCCAGCCAGGAGUGGGCGGCGAGGGCCGUCGACAUCUGCUGCGUGGAUCACGUCCACGCUUCGAGGGUGGCCCAGCGGGGCCAUCGGCAGAUAUCCAUCGCCACAGACAAGGCCAACUCGGCGAUUGUGCUGACGAACAACGUUGGCUUUGAACUCGCCCCCCAGGUUCGGGUCAGCACGGACUUGCCUGGGCUCUCGUUCGCCAUGCUGCGCCCGCUGAUCGAUCAGGGCGUCGCCUGGCGCCUGUGGCCGCAUCUCAGCGACGCUGGGGGCCAGGGGGCCGACGAGGUCGCAGGCGCGCGCGCCUUGAUGUUUCGCGGCGACCUGCGGUUGAACAUGGCGCGGCGGUGCGACCCGGCGCACGGAUGCAACCGAGACUUUUGGUUGACGUGUUCCGAGUGCGGGGUCGAAGGGCUCGUGUACCUCGGCAUGAUCGCAAUGAACAUCGCGUGCGGGCCCGGCGAAAGUGACGCGUGCUGGGAGAAAAUCACCGACGCCAUGAACGACCACUAUAAGAACUCGCCCCCCAAAACCUCCCCGAUAUUUCAACAUUUUUCCGCGCGCAUAAUUCGCGAACUUGGGGGUGCCAUCGCCAAGGUCGAGGGUCAAACUGUGGAGGACGCAGCGUGGACAUUCAUGAGGGAGAGGUCUGCCUUCGGGAAAAAGCAAUACAAGGUGAACCAAGGCCGAUAUUUGGCCGUGGCGUCCGAAGGCACCCAGUUGUGCAAGAUGUGGUGGUCAUUUUGCUUCGAGCUCAUGGUCGUGGGCCUGGAGGUCGACGCUCUAAAAACCAAGGCCCUCACGAAGAUCAAGAUGAUCACGAGUGGCCACGACGUUACUUCCAACCUCGAUGGGACUUCCAAGCGCACCACCAGUGUGGACUCGAGGACCUUGCGAUCGGGUGGGCUUAACGCUUUGGUUAUUUCAGGCGCCGUCAUUAGUGACGAUCACCAUCGGCGUCUCCUGGCAACAGUCUUCGGCCUGCACGCGCCAGUCAAACACUGGUGGGGCCGCGCUCGGAAAAGUUUGGCGGACGUUGCCACUUCGCAGCAAUGGGUGUCGGAUCAGCUCACUGGUGGCAUUAUUGAGCAUUGCGUUGACAUCGUUACGCUGCUGGAAACACAAUCGUUCUUGGAGUUUUCAGGCUUCAUUUUGAAGGGCCCUGCGCUGGGCCAGAUGACAGAGGAGGAAAUCGGGUUGGAGGACGAGUUCGCAGACAGAGCUUGCACGUGCGCUUUCGCGCUGGUGAAAAACCGGCUCCGCAG